CCGGUGCUGUCGCCGCCGUCCACAAAUGACACGGCACCGUUGCCGUGUACCGUGACACGAGCCUUGCUUUCUUUCUCUGGCGGUGGCGGCCUCUCACCCCGUCUCCGGCAUGGACGUCCUGGCGCCGCUGUCCCGCGCGCAUGUCGGCUCGCCGGCCGCGGCGGCCGCCUCCGCUCGCCCAUACGUUCUCCAUCGUUUCAACUGGCGGACCAUCCGCCGCCGAGGCGCCGGCCUGCGCUGCCGCCGGCGCCUGCUCAGCGCGCGGGGAGAGCGCCCGGCUCCCGAUGACGAUGAGGACGACGAGGAGCUGGCUGGGUUCGACGCAGCGGUGGCGCUAUUCAACGGCGGGGAGUACCACGCGUGCCACGACGUGGUAGAGGAACUCUGGUACAGCGCCGAGGACCCCGCCCGGACGCUCCUCCACGGCGUCCUCCAGUGCGCCGUAGGCUUCCACCACCUCUUCAACCAGAACCACCGCGGCGCCAUGAUGGAGCUCGGGGAAGGCCUCUGCAAGCUCCGCCGCCUGCGCCUCGAGGACGACGACGACGACCAAGGGCCCUUCUCUCGAUUCCGGGAUGAGGUCGCCGCCGUGCUCAGCUUCCUCUACCGCACCCAGAAGGAGCUUGCGGCAUGUAACGACGAGCUGUGCUUGGCCAUGGAUGGCUCCGCGACCUCGUACCAGCUGCUCGGCGACUUCGCUGCCGGGCAGCGGCUGUACCGGCAGGGAGUCGACGCGGACGGCGUCCCGAGCAUCCUCUUCUCCGGCCGCGCAUCCGGCGACUACCUCGCUCCUCCAUGCACGGUGAAGCUUCCGUCGCUACACGCCACGGAGCAGCAUCUCACGGCGCUCCAGCGCGCGCACGAGUACUCGUAGCUAGUUCCAUUUUUGUUGUAUACUCGUACUCCAUCCGUUCUGAAUUACUUGUCUUAGAUUUGUCUAGAUACGGAUGUAUCUAGCACUAAAAUGAAUUUAGAUACGGAUGUAUCUAGAUAAAUCCAAGACAAGUAAUUCGGAACGGAGGGACUGGUUAGGUAGCCAGCCAGAUGCAACAAAUUCGAUGGAACUUUGUAAACAAAUUCCAGGGCAAUCUGAUACUACUCGUUUAUUUUCUGAA